AGUUGGUGAGCGUGUCUGUGUGUAAUGUCUGACACUUUCCAGUACACAGGCCUCUUUGGCAGCGCAGCCUUUCGGAGCAUGAGAAUCCUCGGUUUCCCUGGAGAUAGAACACAGCCCCGGGACGCCUGCCGUAACCUGAUCCGGGGAAUGAACAGCAGUUAGAGGCGGCGGGGACUAUAUUCCAGACUGAGGGGAAUACACAGCGAGGCACCAUCCCUAUAAUCACACAGCAGCAACACUGAAUCGCGGGGAGCAGCUUAUGGAACCAUUAUGGAGAACUAUGAAAAAAUACUGAAGAUAGGGAGAGGGGCAACGGCUGAAGUCUUCCUUAUGAGGAAUAGAGAGACCAAAAAAAAUUAUGCAGUGAAAAAAAUAAAGAUAGAUGAAUCCAAACAACUGAGAACCAAAGAGUCCAUUCUUCAAGAAGCAACCAUUUUAGGCAAGCUUGUGCAUCCCCAUGUAGUGGCAUGUCAUGAAUGUAUCUGUGAUGAAGAGGACGAGCACAUAUUCAUUGUGCAGGACUAUUGUGAUGGUGGGACAUUAGAUGACCGCAUCAAACAAAGAAAUGGUUCCUUGUUCCCUGAAGACACCGUCAUGGACUGGUUUAUCCAGCUGACAAUGGCUGUUCAGUAUAUCCAUUCAAUGAAGAUCCUCCACAGAGACAUCAAGACUUCUAAUGUGUUUCUCACCAAAAAGGGAAUGGUUCGGCUUGGAGAUUUUGGCAUCUCCAAAGUCAUGAGUAGUACCAUGGAUAUGGCAAGCACAUGCGUGGGAACUCCAUAUUACCUGAGUCCAGAACUCUGCCAGGAUAUUCCCUACAGUUCCAAAACAGAUAUUUGGGCGCUUGGUUGCCUUCUUUAUGAGAUGUGUGCUUUAAAGCCAGCUUUCAACGCCACAAACUUAAUAAGUCUUUUCUUCAAAAUUGUAAAAGGGGAGUAUCCACCUCUCUCUGACUGUUACUCUACAGACUUGCAUAACUUGGUCAAAACUAUUCUGGAUAAGUGCCCCGAGUCUAGACCCAGUGCAAGCUGCAUUUUGAACCUAUCCUUUGUUCAGGAACAACUGAAACUCUUUAUACAGAAACAUGAGUCCCAGCUGUAUAAACAGACUGCCAGUAAAAAAGAGAGCACAUCUCCACAAGAAAACAGAAGCAAAACAUCCGUGGGCCAUCACGAUGAGGCAAAAGAUAACUUUAGGCCAAAAUCUGCCCCACCUGGUCCUUACAAGCCUGAUGUCACCAAGUGUGAACUGUGGGACCAGGAAGAGCUAUCAAGCACAGGAGAUAGAUCUGAAUAUUCAGAAGACUUUGAUGACAAUGAGAGUAUAUCGUCUGUAGAGGAAAAUCUAGAAGGGGAAACUUCUACCCCUUGUGAGAAUGAGGAUAUUCCAGAAGAAAUAGAUCCUGUUAAUGAUGAAGGUGAGCCAGAAUACCCAGAUGACUUUGAGGAGCUUGAGGGAAAUACGCUGGAGUUGGUGGUCAGUCAUGCUCGGUCAGCAAUGGAAGUUGAGGCAGACAAUGAGACUUUUCAGGAUGAUAAUGGAGAGAAAGACAUGCAUUCUCUAUCAACAACACUGAAGACUAUACGCCAGCAGUGUAUUGGAGAUGUUGGACAGUCAUUAUAUGAUGAAAUCUCCCACCAUUUUCUGAAAGGUUUAACCCCCGUAGACCUCGAGCCACAAUUUGAACACAGAAUGGGACCAGACAGACUUGAGACCUGCUACCUUCUGUUCAAUAUGGACCAGGAGCCAUCUUGAAUUUUUUUCUGAUGCUUAACAUUGUCAUUAUGUAUAACCUUAGGAAAUAUUCUGCCAUGAACACAACAUAGCUUAACCUUGGCAGCGGCAACUCUGAACAAACUGAUAUUUAAAGGAGAACAAAACCCUAAAAAUAUUUUAUAUACUGACCAGCCUAAAGUUUCAUAUUCUCAAUAGCAGCAAUGAUCCAGGACUUCAAACUUGUCACAGGUGGUCACUAUCUUGGAAAAUGUAUGCAAUAUCAGUGGGCUCUUAGCUGCUGUUGAGAAGCUACGCUUAGGGGUCGUCACAAAUUAUCAAGCAGAAAAUAAGGUUUGUCUAUAAUAUAAACUGAUGCUACAGGGCUGAUUAUUAAAUUCUGAUGCUAGUUGCACUGGUUUCUGUGCUGCCAUGUAGCAAUUACCUGUAUUAAUUACUAAUCAGCCUUAUAUUGUGACAUGCAUAUUCUAAGUGAACUGUAUAUUUUGAGUCGCUGCCUAAACUCAGGUAACUGACAGCAGCACAGAGCAUGUGCAGUGAAUCAGCAGAAAAUAAGACGGGUAGCUACUGUUGCAUCUACAGAGAUGCAGAUCUUCCCUGCAAAAGGACUGUGGUUGCCUUGGGCUGGUACAGAAGCCCAAAACGUAAUGUACAACAUUUCUAGCCUACUUCUUUAGUUAGGCUUUAGUUCUCCUUUAAAAUUCAUCACUCCUUCCAUAUAGCAGAAUUAUCUUUGCUGCUAAAGCUAUGUUGCUGCCAAUACCUACACCUACAGUACAAUACAGUUUGACAUGGUAUUUUCCAUUUCUGUUAAGAAUAUAGUUUAAAUAAAGUUGUUUUUUUACAUCAUAA